AGCAACUUAGUGAGGUCCUAAGUAAUUUAGCAAGACCCUGUCUCAAAAUAAAAAGGGCUGGGGAUGUGGAUUAGUUAAGCACCCCUGGGUUCAAUCCCCAGUACCGAACAAAGCAAAAUUGCAAUAACUAAGAAUCUAAAGUAGAAUGUACUCCACAUCAUGUACAACCACAAAAAUGGGAAGUUGUACUCCAUGUAUAUAUAUCAAAAUAUAUUCUAUUGUCAUGUAUAACUAAAAAGAACAAGGAAUUUUUUUUAAAAAAAAGAAAGUAGAAUGCAGCUUAAAUUGAGGGCAGGACAGUGAUAGGAUAUUAAUAUGGGGGUGUAAACAUGAGAGCACAUGUUUAUAUAUACUUCUGGAGAUUAUCUAUGUCAUAUCAUUUACUUUGAAAUACUUGAUUCAUGAAGAAAUGGACAAUAGCAUGGUGGUGUUGUUUUGUUCAGAUAAGGUGGGAAGAUGGUAUGAGACCUCUGGUUUUUCUAGCAUUGAAACCAUAUUACAGAAUUUUUGCCUUCCCUCAGUAGUAUAGUAUUAGUAGAAUUAAGAAGUCGAAGGCUGAGGGUGUUGUUCAGUGGUAGAGCAACAGUCUGGCGUUUGAGAAGCCCUGAAAUGGAUUUCUAACACCACACACACAAAAAUAAAACAACAACAUCAACAACAAAAAAUGAAACAAAUGAACAAAAUACAUCAUCAUAGCUUCUAACAUUUAAUGAGGACUGUGUAUAUGACAGUGAUUAAUAACUACUACACAUAUCUUCUUUUAUUUAACACAGGUUAAGAACUUGCCCAAGUUCAUGAAGCUUAGGAAGCUUUUUGACUCCAGGAAGUCUGACUUCGGAGCCUUGACUCAUUUUUUGGAUUACAAGGGAAGAAUGCAGACCAUCAAAUGUGUGGUUGUAGGAGAUGGGGCUGUGGGUAAGACCUGCCUCCUCAUCAGUUACACUACAAAUGCAUUUCCUGAGGAGUAUAUCCCCACUGUCUUUGACAACUAUAGUGCCCAAACAUCUGUGGAUGGCCAAAUCGUCAGCCUGAAUCUGUGGGAUACUGCUGGCCAAGAAGAAUAUGAUCGAUUGCGGACACUCUCCUACCCCCAGACCAAUAUUUUUGUCAUUUGUUUUUCCAUUGGCAACCCAUCCUCUUAUGCCAAUGUGAGGCAUAAGUGGCACCCAGAAGUCUCCCAUCAUUGCCCCAAUGUACCUGUUCUGCUGGUAGGCACUAAGAGGGACCUGCGAAGUGACCAUGAGACAGUGAAGAAGCUGAAGGAGCAGAGCCUAGUGCCCACAACUCCUCAACAAGGCAAUUCGCUGGCUAAGCAGGUAGGGGCUGUGAAGUAUCUGGAAUGUUCAGCCCUGAUGCAGGAUGGGGUACAUGAGGUGUUUUUGGAAGCUAUCCGGGCAGUGCUGUACCCUGCCUCAAAGAAGAAUGUUAAGAAAUGUGUUCUCUUGUAGCUUUUGGGUGCUACUUUGGAGACUGCACCUAAAAAUGUAAAGGAAGCUUCCUUUGAUAGUAGUUGCAAGUGCCAGCAUGAGCCAUUUCUCUCUUCCCCUAUAAGCCCUAGACUCCUGGUUAUUUGGCUUUUGGAGGAAUCUAGAAGACAGACUAUUUCCUACACGGCUACUUUUAAGUUUGGUAUGAACCUUGUGGAGGAAGUUUGUGUGUGUCUAUCUGUAUCCCCUGUCACAAGUAGUAAAAGGAGAUGCCACUGAAUGCUGUUCUUUUUUCUACUGGCCAAGCCGUGAUGAAGCACAGCAAUCUUCAUGCUGUCCUUGGGAAGCAUUUGCUUGUCUGCUUUGAAAUCUAACUUUGACUUUCUUUGCUGUAUCUACCAUUGAGCAAGUGCCUCAGACAAUGAUUUUUAAAUCAUUGCCUUAAACUUUUAGACAUUCUAAUAUUUUUUGUGAUCCUGGGGAUUGAACCUAGGGUCUCAUGCAUGCCACAUAAGCCCCAUUGAGCUGUACCCCCAGUUCUGACAUGCUAAUUUUCCCAUAUUGGUGAAACCUCAGGGUUCUUUACCACUUAACUACAUCCCCACUCCUUUUGACUUUUUGAGACAGGGUCUCACUAAGUUGCCCAGGCUGGCCUCAAACUUGUGAUUCUCCUGCCUCAGCCUCCUAAAUAGCUAGGAUUAUAGGUGUCCUAAUAUACUGAGUUUUUGAAAGCCAUUUUAUUUGUGUUAUGCAUGUUCCCAAUGUUGACACAUUCCUCUUAUUCUUGAGAUAAGACAUUUUCACAAAAAUGGUUAAGCAGCAUUUUCCAAAAAUCUGAGCUAGUAAUAGAUGUUCAUUUUUAAAGGAUUCUAUCUAUUGUCCAAUAAGCUCAGGAAUCAGCAAUUUAUAUAAAACCCAUCAGGUUUCUUUACAGUAGAACUUUAUAACUUAUUAUGUAUGCAUUGUUUCCCACACUUAUUUCAUCACUGAACAUUUUUGGAGGUUCCAUAUAAUACCAGAUAAUAGUUUCAGAGAAGUUGGGUUAGUGGAAACUGGGAAUUCUCAAUGAGGCUGUAAAAAAAUGCAAAAAGCAUAAUGUGGUCCUGUUCUUUUUGAUGUUUUCCUCAUUAUGCCUUUGAGACAAAUGUUUAUAUCAGCCAUGGACUUAUUGGUUCCUCUGCUUUAGGAGAUGGGUUUGGCAUUUAAUGAUGAUAGUGCAUGCACUGCAGAUAGGGUCCCACAAUGAGAUCUGCUAUUAGAUUUCACUAGCACUGUCGACUUGGUGAUGUGGAAGUUAUUCAAUCCCUCGAAAAGCUGUAUCUGAGUCUUCUGUAUGGCCCCUUUCCCUCUUAGUCACUUCCUGUAAAAUAAACCCACUCAAGGUCAAUUCCCUAAAUAAAACAAAAACAAAACAA